AGUCAGUCAGAGAGUCAGUGAGUCGUUCAGUCAGCGGUCAGCGAGUCAAUGAUUCAAUGAGAUUCAGUGAGUCAGUAAGCCUCACCCCCAUUCAGUGACCCUGAUGCUCCUCCAUCCUCCUCUGCUUUUUCAUCUUCUCAGUGUGAACAAAAGAGCUUUCCCUUCUCAGUCUGUGGAGGACAUGAAGAAGAUUCCGUCAGUGAUGCCGAGGCGCUUUGCACACUGACCGAGACCGAGUAUCAGGCGUCGGGCUCGGUGUCCGUGAUCAGCAUGCCCGGAGAAGGAUCCAGUUCUGGCUCCGCGCUCUCUUCUCACCCGGAGGCGGAGGAGGAGAAAGUUUCUCCGGUAGUUUGUGGUGAUGAUCUGUCCAGCCGGUAUCUCCUGGACGGGCUGAGCUCCAGCCGCUACUUCAUGCAGACGCAGGACUCCCCCAGCCCGUGCUCCCUCUUCCCGUACAGCGGGCAGACCGGAGCCGUGUACGCCGGGUCGGAUGGGUCCCGGUACUCGGCUUCGCUCCACUACGGCUCCGUGCUUCCCUCCGCCGGCUUCUGCCAGUCUCUGUGCGCCGGCCGCGGAGACUUCAGCCCGGGCUAUCAUCAGUUCGGUCACGCUGCGGGGAACGGCUACAGCCCAUACCAGGGCUCUGGCUCCGGCGCCGUAGCGCUGCCCAGUGCGGCUCUGCGGGCGCAGGUGUAUCUCUGCAACCGGCCGCUGUGGCUCAAGUUCCACCGGCACCAAACCGAGAUGAUCAUCACCAAGCAGGGCAGGCGCAUGUUCCCGUUCCUCAGCUUCAACAUGACGGGUUUGAGUCUGUCUGCACACUAUAAUGUGUUCGUGGAGAUUGUUCUGGCAGACCCGAACCACUGGAGGUUUCAGGGCGGGAAAUGGGUGACCUGCGGGAAAGCCGACAACAACAUGCAGGGAAAUAAGAUUUACAUGCACCCGGAAUCCCCAAACACGGGCGCGCACUGGAUGAGGCAGGAGAUAUCUUUCGGCAAACUCAAACUGACCAAUAACAAGGGCGCGAACAUCAACACUUCUCAGAUGAUCGUCCUCCAGUCUCUGCAUAAGUACCAGCCGCGGCUCCACAUCGUGGAGGUGUCGGACGACCGAAGCGAGCGAGACUCAAACACUCAGAUCUUCAGCUUCCCGGAGAACCAGUUCAUUGCGGUUACAGCCUACCAGAACACUGACAUCACUCAGCUCAAGAUCGACCACAACCCGUUCGCUAAAGGCUUCAGAGAUAAUUAUGAUUCCAUGUACACCCUCCCAGACCGAGAGCGCCUGACGCCGUCGCCUGCAGACUCCCCCCGAGCACAGCAGAUGGUCCCGAACGCUCGAUACGCCGUCCAGCCGUUCCUGCAGGAGCAGUUCAGCAGUUUGACCCAGCGCUCAGUGACCCAGCCCAGCAGCGUGGAGGACCCGGCCCAGCGCUGGCUGAUCUCACAGAACAGCAGUAAACUGGAGCUGACGGCGUACGAGGGCGAGUACUCCAGCUCUCUGCUGCCCUACAGCUUCAAGUCUCUCCCUCUGCAGAGCUACUAUCCCGACACUGCCUUCAGCUGGGGGACCAGAGUCUCCGCCGGCUCCUCGUUCCCCAGAAAACUACCCUCCGGCCUGCCCUGGUCUCCCCGGCCCAGUCCCACAGACUUCAGUGAGGAUCCGGAGAAAGCCAGAGAGGAGAACAGCCCGUUCUGCUGGAUGGAGAAGCCGUCAGAUGCCGCAGAGCCCAGCAUUUACUCAGUGGUGUGCAGUAAGAGACGCCGGCUCUCAGGAGACGCUCCCCCUGGCAAGACUGAAGAGCAGAACUUUCACAAAGACUCUCCAUCUGCAGCCAAAGCCAUCGGCUACUACGCCUUCUACACCAGCAGCUAGAGGCAGUCGCUCGAGGUGUUUAAAGAGACAGGACACGCUAAUGUGAAGCUUCUGUGUUUAAAGGCAUAGUUCACACAUGUUUAAAUAGACAGGACAUGCAGAAAUACAGAUUCUGUUCUUAAAGGGACAGUACGCGCAAAAAAGGACAGUUCACCCAAAAAUGUAGAACAGCACACACAAUAAUGAUGAGUCUGGUUUUAACAGGGUUUCUGCAGGUUUCACCAAGUUAAAUUUAAGACUUUAAGUCCUUUUUAAGAUCAUUAUGAAUGAAGUUUUAGACUUAUACAGGGCUAAAUGCUUAGUACUUUUUUGAAAGUCCCAGUUGGAAAAGAUUUUUAUUUUCCCUAUCACAAAAUGAUUAUAAUUUACCAUUUAAUAAUACACAAUAAUAAUUGAAUAAUACAAAAAAUAUAUAUGUAGGUCAGGUCAGUAUCCUCAGCAGUAAAUAAAUAGAGAGAUGUUGAAGGGCCAUAAAACCCCCCUGUUUUUUCACACCUCUACUUUAGAAAAAGUCAGGAAAGUGGGCGUGUCCAGCUCUGUUUAGAGGGGAGUGUCGGAGGAGGGAAAGUGAGAAAGGCUCUAAAAAUUAGCAUAAAAAUGGGAGUGUUGGUUUGGGCAUGCGCUGAUUUUCACAGAGGCAAAACAAACACACAGAUGCAGGGGAGAAAGACAGUGACUGUGUUUUACAUAGACAUCAGUAAUCAAAUUAUUAGACAAAUGAUUAAAUGGUGGAG